GCAGCGCUAACCUUGAUAUGCGAGCAAAACACACGUGCUGCUAGGUUAUUAAUUAAGCUUUAGAUUAAACGAUAAUGCCAAUUUAAUCGAUCAUAUUUACCAGGACGACUAUAGGAUCUUUCAGUAUUUUACCGACAGUGAUUACGGUUCUCUGCUGAUAUUUUAGUGUACGAAAACUCUUGUCUUUUAGCUAGCUAAAUCAAUGGCUAACACUUGACUUUACUGCACUCCUUGGACUCAAAUAUCUUCGGUAGACUUCAUGUGGACGUCCCCUUCUCUCCAAUGAUGAGGACCCCUUUUCUGUUUGUCACCAGAAGCUGUCAGGCUGUUCACAGGCUGCAACAAAACCCAUUUUUCUCACCGGUUUCAGCUCUGUCGAGACACCAGAGGAUCUCUGCGUUGAAAUACACGAGCACCCACUUCUGCAAAGACGACAGGAGCUACUACAUAACCACUCCCAUCUUCUAUGUCAACGCUUCUCCUCAUUUAGGACACCUGUAUUCAGCUGUGAUAGCCGACUGCUUACACAGGUACAAGCUGCUGCAGGGCUUCAACUCAAAGUUUGCAACAGGUACAGACGAACAUGGCUUGAAAAUCCAACAAGCUGCUGAAGCUGCGGGAAAAGAUCCCCUGACCUUCUGUACCGAUGUGUCUGAGAAAUUCAAACAUCUCUUCGGCAGCUGCAACAUAUCAUAUACAGACUACAUAAGAACCACUGAGCAGAGACACCGUCAUGCUGUGGAGCAUUUCUGGUCAGUACUCAGGAACAAAGGGCUCAUCUAUAAGGGGAGUUAUGAAGGCUGGUACUCCACCCAAGAUGAAAGCUUCCUCACGGCAUCGCAGGUGGCCGAUGCUUUGGACUCUCAAGGGACGGAGAUCAAGGUAUCGCAGGAGAGUGGCCACAAGGUGGAGUGGAUGAAAGAGGAGAACUACAUGUUCCGUCUGUCUGCGUUUCGGCCUCAGCUGCUUGACUGGCUCAGAGAGAAUCCCAGGGCCGUACAGCCUGAGCAUUUCUACCAGUCUGUCCUCCAUUGGCUGCAGGAGGACCUCCCUGACCUCUCUGUCUCCCGGCAGAGAAGCCGCCUCCAGUGGGGCAUCCCGGUGCCAGGCGACAAUGAACAGACCAUCUAUGUGUGGCUAGAUGCUCUGGUGAACUACCUCACAGUAGCUGGCUAUCCAGAUAAACAUGACCAGUGGUGGAACGUGGCCCACCACAUUGUCGGAAAGGACAUUUUAAAAUUUCAUGCCAUCUACUGGCCUGCUUUUCUUCUAGGGGCCGGACUGCCGCUGCCACAGACGAUACAUGUGCACUCCCACUGGACAGUAGGAGGAAAGAAGAUGUCUAAGAGUUUAGGUAAUGUUGUAGAUCCUCUUGAACGCUCACAGAUGUUCACAACUGAUGGUAUGAGGUAUUUUCUUCUGCGUCAGGGUGUCCCAGACUCAGACUGUGAUUACACAGACAACAAAGUUAUCAAGCUGCUCAACGCAGAGCUCGCUGACUCUCUGGGUGGUCUGCUGAACCGCUGCACAGCUCCAGCUCUUAACCCAGCUCAGGUCUAUCCCCUUUUCUGCCCUCAGUCGUUCGGAAGGGAACAGGGAGGCAGGGCUGUGGUUGAAGACUACCACAUGUUGGAUGCUGUGAAAAAUCUCCCCACUGUGGUGGAGCAGCACUAUGAGAGCAUGCAUGUGUACAAAGCUCUGGAGGCCAUCAGUGCCUCUGUGAGGCUCACCAACGGGUUCGUUCAGCGUCAUGCACCUUGGAAGCUGGACAGAUCGGACAGUAAAGACCAGCGCUGGUUGGACACCAUCAUCCAUGUCUCCCUCGAAUGCCUGAGGAUUUAUGGCACACUCCUCCAGCCAAUAGUGCCAGAGAUUUCUAACAAGCUGCUGUCCAGACUUGGGGUGCAACCAGGCGAGAGGAGCUGGGCAGACGUGAACUUCCUGCCGAGGUAUCAGGGAAUGGACUGUCCCUUUGAGGGGAGAGCACUAGGAUCUGACUCUGGUGUGCUUUUUAGUCGCUUGGAAAGUGAGAAGGCAGAUAAACAGAAACCUACAAAAACAAAGAAGGCAGCAAACUAGACAUGAGGGAUUGUUUUAUAUAAUUCCCUGUUCACCACUUCAGUCAAUAAAGAAAUAAAAACUA